GACGUGAACCUUACAGUUCGACACACAUUUGCAAAAGCUCCAUCAAACAGUCAGCAAUUUUGAGUUAACAAAACUUAACACCUCUCCACUUACACCACUACAAGUCUCAGAAAUGAUAACGCAAGCAAAUCAACAAGGACUGAAAGUCAGAGAUAGAGGCAGAGAAAGAAAGAAAGAAGAAAAGCAACAAAGUGAUCGUUGCAUCAGAUUGCAUCAGUGUGUCAUUGCAUCAGAUCUCUGGAUUGAAAAAUACCAAAUAAAUACAGUGUACACUUUACACUUAAUGAUGUUGUGCUACAAAUGGGUGGUGUCUGGGAUUUUUCAAAUAAAGACCCCUGAAAAGCUGACUUCACCCUCCCAAAGCCGUCAGACCAAACAGCGCAAUGGACAACUGCUCCAGUGUCUUUACUCCAUUAUUGGAGAAAUAUUACCUCUCGCCAAUGUAUGGUCUGGAAUUUGCCAUUGGCUUCAUCGGAAACCUAGUGGUGGUCCUGGGCUAUAUCUUUUGCCUCCCUGCUUGGAAGUCCACUAAUGUGUACCUGUUUAACCUGUCUGUGUCUGACCUCAUCUUCCUGUGCACUUUACCUGAGCUGUCCUACAACUACGCUUACAACCAGAAGAAAUUCAAUUCUUCACUAUGUGUGGUUAAUCGCUACAUCCUCCAUGUCAACUUGUACUCCAGCAUCCUUUUCAUGAUGUGGGUAAGUGUGGACCGGUUCUUGCUGAUGUGUCACCCACAGCGGGAACACAUCCUGUUGACUCUCAAGGCUGCAGUAUGCAUUACCAUCCUGAACUGGAUCUGGGUGAACAUUCAAAUCGCUCCGCUCAUUGUCUUCAUUAUCCAGGACUUGGAGGAAAAUGGCUGGACGGUGUGUCGUGAUUUUGCAAGCCUGGGAGUUCCCCGAGUUAUUAUGAUCUACAGCAUAGUUCUCACCAUAACUGGAUAUGUGAUUCCUCUUAUGGGUUUGUUUCUAUCAUCACAAAAGAUGGUUUCUGUACUCGUUAAAAGAGAAGAAACGCGAGGGAAAUCCUUCCAGAGGCCAGUAAGAAUCGUGAGGUCUGCAGCAGUCAUGUUUCUGGUGCUCUACACACCCCUUCACGUAAUGAGGAUUGUCCGUAUCGUGUCUCGGAUUCCUGAAUUAAAAUUGUCAAGCUGUGUGGUAGACUACAUCAAUUCAGUUUUCAUAGUGUCAAGGCCAAUUGCCUAUUUGCACAGUGCCAUUAAUCCUGUCUUUUACUUCCUAAUGACAGAUAGCUUUAAAGAAGCACUGCAGGAUAAGUGGAAGCAGAUUAAAAGGAUGCUAAUGAGUGCAAUAUAAGCAAGUCUGCCUUACAGAUGGGUGACAAAGCAAACAAAAAGAGUCUAGAACUGUACUGGGAAGAUAAGCAUCAUUUAUCCAAAAUAUAUUUACUCAGUUUGUUUUGAUGAUAGCAAGUAUUGUGUAACACAUGGAAUUACACUGAAAUCUGGUGACUGUUAAGACCAUAAUAUAUAAACUCAUUGAACCGUACAGUAAGCUUUGUGCCCUGUGGACAGGCUGCCCUCAUCCUGAAAGAAGCCAUUCCCAGCAGGAUAGAUAUGUUAGCUCAUACAAUGAAGGUAAUCAGUUAUAAGAACUCUGUAUUGAAUGCAGUGAUUCUUUUCUCCAAGGUAGACAAAUUCAGACUUACACUACAGCAGAACGGAGCAGUAAAAGCAGUGAACAGUUAGAAACAUAACAUUAGGCCUCUGAUUUCACUGUCAAAUGAUAAAUACCAAUAAAACUCUUUUUAGUUAUAUGAUUUAAAACUUUGUUGUAGGCUAUUUUCUCAAGUCUGUACUGCUUUAAUGAUAGUCAAGUUGGACAUACACUGAAAAUAUUUACAGUGACGGAAAUUUGCUUCAUCUGCACAUCGGAUCAUCUGAAAAAGAAGACAUCAUUUAAUACGAUGUUCCAAUGUUAAAAAGGGUUAGCCAGGUCUGAAAUGUUUUUAAGACAUUUAAAUAUUUCUUUCUUUGUUAUUUUCCACGAAAUGGAGCCAAAUCUUGACAUCACCCUGCAUAAAAGAGAUAACUGAUUUUCCUUUUCAUUUUUCACCCCUCUGUAUAUGCGUAUUUAAGAGAGAAGGACAGAUAUUGGUAGUGAAAUUUCAACGCAGCUCAAAGUUCCUAGCGAAAUGUGAUGUUUUAGACAAAAGUUCUUCGUCGUUGUUUAUCCGUCUGAGUGCUAUCUGUACAUUUAUUAGUGAAGUACACUGCAGUUACAUUAUUCUCUGUUUUAUGUCUUGUUAUUAUAUGUACUAUAUAUAUAUCGCUGUUUCCUGUAACAUAUUAAAACAAUUUGUAGUACUUGGUAAAUGUAAAUGUUACAAACAACCAGAAAAAUAGACUUUUUGCAGACGUGUGCCUCUAGGGGGAGCUAUUGUCUUAGCGGUAAAACAUUAUUAUUCCACAAGAACACAUGUUGUUACUACUGAACAAUUAUGAAUAAAAUUGGAGCUU